AUGCACCUCCGCAACGGACGCGUCAUCGGCCCCACUCCGCAGGAGACUCCAUCUAUGUCAGUCAACAGAAUGCCCAGCGGGACACCCGCCCAUCAUCGCCACGCGACUCCAAAGCCCACCGUGGCAGAGCGGCCGCAUGGGCAUAAGGAGGCGCACCCACAGGCGAUACCUCUGCCCAAUGCUGUACAAGGAGACUGUCCCUUCGUCUCGUGGGAACAAUUCCAGUCGGCUAUGAGUGCGCUAAGAACCGUUAUGGGGGGGACCGUGGAACCCGGCGAAAGGACUCCCAUCCUACCAGAAUACGGCAGCACAGUGCAGGCCUUUCUGCUGCGCAUCGAGCGCCGGUACGCGCUGAAGGGAAUGGAGCCGC